UGCAUUGUGGUUGCUUGUCAGGGGCGCAUGCGCACAGCGGAGCUCCAUCUUUCCAUCCCGAGCGCAGAAGAGCAGCGGAUGUGUUGAUGCUUUUGGCCGUUUUGUUUUUAUUUUUAAACGCCCAGAGUCGAUGUGAAACAAACCCGAGCGGACUCUUCCUCCGUUAUUAUCCUCCUGGGAGCUUCCAGCCGACAGAAAUGCGGCGUGUGGCGGGUGUUAUGAGGUAGAUUGAGCCGCUGCUGCUGCGCUUCGGCCGCGGCGACACAUUUGAGUGUAAAUCCGCUGCAAGAGUGUUUCCGGCCCGCACGCGAGCAGGAACCAUGAAUUUACGUGAGCUGCACCUAAAUGGUCCAUGAUGAGCAGCACAUCUAAAGACCUACUGCAAGAACGUGACAUGCGCUGUCCACUGUAAAGACGCGUCACCUGACCUGGACGGACGCCUCCGGUGCUGAGCCCGCGGGUCCCGCUGCCUGCCGGGAGCUGCAACUGUUUCCAUGUGUCUAGUCAUUUGAGGUGCUUUUAUGUCAAGAUCAGAAGCGCUUUCAGACUUCUUUCUCAUGGCUUUGAUUGGUCAGACUCUAGCAGCGGAGUUCCUGUCUGCGUUGAGUGGCAAAGUAAUGAGGCCCUUCCGUGGCUGGUCUGCGCUGUGAGCCCGUCUCACUGCGGUCUGGCCCGCAACUUCGCCCCGCUUUCAGGAAAGUUGUGCUCCGUCUUCCCUCUUCUGAGUGUCAGAAUGAGACAUUGUGUCGGGACAGAGAAGAGCGUGUGAUCUCUCACGAGGAGUUUUGCACUGGUCCAUAAAAAUGAAUGGAGGUAAAGAAAGGGAGUGUGGGGAUGGCAGAGGGCAGCUCGCCCAGGUGCCCAUUGGCUGGCAGCGAAAGGUGGAGUCCUCGGGUGUCAUUUAUAUCAGUCCAAGUGGAUCAGUGCUGUCCUGCCUCGAGCAGGUUAAGUCUUACUUGCUGACUGAUGGCACCUGUAAAUGUGGUCUGGAGUGUCCUCUCAUCCUACCCAAGGUUUUCAAUUUCGAUCCUGGUGCGGUGGUGAAGCAGAGGACUGCAGAGGAUGUGAAGGCUGAUGAGGAUGUUACGAAGCUUUGCAUCCACAAGAGGAAGCUUAUCGCUGUGGCGACGCUGCAUAAAAGCAUGGAGCUGCCGCCUCCUUCCCUAACACUCACCAGUCCAGGUGGAGGCACAAGUGUGACCUCCAUGACCCCUACCACACAGCCUCGAGCAAUAAGGAAUAAAACCCACGAGGGCCAGCCAGAAUGUAAGAACCCAUUUAAGGUGAUGAUGGCGGCGGGGCAACGGCACUUCUCUCCGGAUCUGUGCGGCCCGCAGCAGCAGGACGUUUUUCCUGUGUACUCCAGGCAGAGACUGGCCAGCGGUGAGCCAGGGCCCAAGUCUCCGUACCGCAGCGGGCAUGGAGGCAUGUUGAGCCCUCCCUCGCAAGCCUUCGGGGAUGGCUCUCUGUCCCCAAGAACAGACGCUAUUGGCAGUCCUGACGGGUUUGUACGCAACAACCCCUGUGGCUUCCAGGGGACCGGCAGUCCCAGCGCCAUCCACAGCAACAGCCGCAUCCCUUUGUCUUCUCCUGGGGUCAUGAUGCACGGCUCACCCGCCACCCAGUCAUCCUGUGUCAUGGCUGGAAGGACUAACAUGCCUCUGUCCCCCCCAGUCCCCAACAAGAGCCCCGUCAUGAAAAAGCCCCUGUGCAACUACCCGCCCAGCAUGGACUCGAGCAGAACUGUGUUUCACCACAAGGCUCCAUCUGCUCCCGCGCCCCCUCUGCCACCUCCCUGUGCCCUGCAGAAUAAACAGGUGAGCUCCGAGAAGGACCCUCUUGGCAUCCUGGAUCCCAUUCCCAGUAAACCGAAUCCAUCUACUUUCCAGCCCAAUGCCCACUCUCAGGUACCAAUGGUGAAUGUAAACAUCCCUCCUGCCAUCGUCCCAUUGCCGAGCAACCUGCCUUUGCCCACGGUGAAGCCGGGGCCGGUCGGUCACAUGCAGAGGACUCAGCAUGGCACAGCCACAUCCAUCUCCCCAUCACCCGUCACCUCUCCUGUGCACAUGUCUGGGCCCUCCCUGGGCCGGAUGGAAGUGUCUCCGCAACGAUCCCGCUCCUCGUCCACCUCUUCCGAGCAAGGCAGCUUUGCCGUUCCCCCGUGCGGCACUAUGAAGGUCCCGCCACGCUCGCCCAGAUCCUCCAUGAGUUCGCCCCGACCUGCUUUGCCUUCCAGCCCAUCUGGCAAACCAGACGUUCUCCACCAGUACAAAGAAAUACCCACCCAGCUACUGGCAGGGAUGAGUAGCAGCAUGAGCAGUCAGCACAAUCCCAUGUAUCCCCCCGCCUCAGGCGGCACCACACCGCAGAAGGAGCACCCGGGCCUUUUGGGAAUGCCACUGAACCAGAUCCUUAACCAACACAACGCUGCCUCUUUCCCUGCCAGCAGUCUCCUCUCAGCUGCCGCCAAAGCACAGCUAGCAAAUCAAAAUAAGCUUGGAGGAGGAAGUGGCUGCAGCGGUGGCGGCACUUGCUCAGGCAGUGCAGGGGCAUCUGCUGGGCUCUCUUGCCCUCUCGGUGCAACUGAUACCAACAGGGCUGUUGAAACCCACAAUACUUUAAAUCCUAUGUUGCCACCCAACCCUGCCAUGAUUAUGCCCAGCAGUGAGGGCCAGAGUGGACGUGCAGCCCUUCGAGACAAGCUCAUGGCACAGCAGCGUGACCCUCUCCGCAAGCGCAAGCAUCCUCCAAACGCUGCUAACCACGAGAACAAUUUCUUCAACAUGGCUGGCAUGAGGACGCCCUGCUCUUCCACCGAGCAGAUGAGAAAAACCUCUCGACUGCCCUCAAACACAUCAAUGGCUCAGUUACUCCAAUCUUUGAGCAACCACAGCUCACACAUGGCCAGGGGCAGAAACCCAGGCCUUGUAAGUCCUGGUCGUGUGCACUUUGGCGAGGGGGCCGUGGCCUCUGGUGUGGCACCUCAGAGUGCACAAGUACAGCAGCGGCUGCAUGGCCAGACAGAAGCCAUGCUCUGCCCUGGUGUGGAGUCCCAGAGCCAGUAUUCAGGCAUGAUGAACCAGAUGCAGGCUACAGCGAUGGGAAACUGUGGACCUGUGAACCAAGGAGGACAAGUUCCUCUUGGAAACCAUGUGAUGGGGCACACAAGCUCUCACUUUCAGCAGCGUGUCCAGCCAAACGUCAGCUGCAUGCUGCCCAGCAGCAGUGAUGCCUGCUGCUCACAACCCAUGACUGACACAGGUGACCCUGCAUCACUGAGCUGCAGCAUAGGAAACACUCCUCAGAUGGGUGGUGUCAUGGCUGCCGCAGGGCACAUAUACCACCACCAACACCACCACCACCACCAGCAGCAGCAGCUGCACCCUUCACUGCAGGGCAUGCAUGGGGUCUCCACAUACCCGAGCCAGGGGCAUUCCUUCGCUACCGCCCCUUUUACGGACAAUAACGUUCCCAACUCCAACAACUUGCCUUGCCUGUACCAGGAUUAUCAGGGGUGCAUGCCUGACAGCAGCCAGCCUGGAAUGACAUCUCAUUCUGGAGACGCAGGCAUGUACCGAGACGGUCAGCAGAAACUACAGGGUCAGGGUGAUGCUUCAAUGGCAGGAGGUCAGAGUUCGGUGGAGUCAGUGGAUGCGAUCUACAGAGCGGUGGUGGACGCCGCCGGCAAAGGCAUGCAUGUGACCAUCACCACCGGCAUGAGCGGCAGCACACAGGCGAGCCCCGUCCCCGCGCUCAGUGCCAUGAGUGCCUUCACUGCCUCCAUCGGCCAGCCGCUCAGCCUACCUCAUGCCGUUAACGCAGUCAUACAUGCGCCGCGCAGCUCCGAGGGGACGGAGCAGCUUUCCCAGCCUCAGCGCAACCGGCCGCAGCUGCCCAACCACACGCGCAGAAGCUCCGAGCAUGGGAAGAACACGCCGGACGGCACGGACGCGCAUGAGUAUUUCCGCUCACCCAGCGCUGCCACGCCCCGUCCGCAGUGGGAUGAGUCCAACCACGCUCACUGGAGAGGCGAGGAGUUUCUGGAGUGUUCCACACAGGUGCACAGCAGCCCAUGCGGUAGCAAAGGAGAGAGAAAAAGCAUCAUGGACUGUCAGCCAGAGACCCACGAGCCCUCUGACUCUCACAACGAUGACAGCUCAAGCCUGCGGUUUAACCACCGCACUGCCAGUGGCAUUAGAGAGCGGCUGGAGCCCAUGGAGCGAUGCGCUCAGCUGAACGGCACGCUGCCUCGUGGCGGGUACGGGGAGCCACUCACCGGCGAUGACCAGUCGCCCGGCUCCUCCACAAGCUUGGAAGGGCCGCUGCUCAAAGACUACACUCACUUCAACGGGCACUUUAACGGACACUGUGCACCCAGCCCCUCUGACACAAAGAGUCUCAGCAGUGAGGAGGAGCUGCGGCACCCCGACUCACCUUCAGCUGACCUGCUGCACUACAGGCCCAGGGCCUUCAACGUAGGCGAACUGGUCUGGCCAAUAAAAGGCUUCCCUCCCUGGCCUAACAAACUGAUGGCAGAAGAGCAUGGACACAAUCCCAGCAUGCAACUGUCUGAACAGGCCAAGGUUGAACCAGAGCAGCUGAAAACACUAACACAAGACCUUCAGGUGCUGGACAGAGCCAGCAAAAAAAACAGGAAACUGAAUAGAAAAAAUGAACCGGAGAAGAUUUACACCUCAAAGAAGUCGGAGCUUGAGAGCCACACCUACCUAUUACAUCAUCGCCAUGGACCAAUCGUAGUUCGAAGGACAGGAAAGCUGAAUCAUCAUUUAGAAGCUGCGAUUCAUGAGGCCAUGAGUGAGUUGGACAAGAUGUCUGGAACUGUUCACCAGGAUCGUCAAGUCAAACUGCCCAAACCCAAGAGGAGGAAAAUCUCCAGAUAACAGCAGCGAUCAGGCGUCAGUGUCUCUUUCUUUCUCUCUCUUUCUCUCUUUGAUCGUGGUGCUACAUUCUAGCAGACGGCUCAUCGUGGCCCCGCCCUCACCCAGAGACUGACAGGUGCUGGAUCAGCCAAUUAGAAAAGGCAGCAAAUACAACUUGCUGAAGAACUAUUUUUUUCUAGUGUACAAGAAAAAAUAUCAAAAAAGCAAACAAAAAAAAAAAACUGCAUUUAAGAACACAGUCCAAAUAUUUCUGAUAUGUUUUCAAUGUGUAUAUAGACAAUACAGAAAUUUCAUGGUAAAAAACAUGGGAAGAAGUGUAAAUACUGUAGGAUAAUGACAUGUACAAGCCAACUCAAUGCACACUUUAUCUUCAGCUGUACAAAACACAAAGCAGAAAUGUCUCAUUGGCCCAUAAGGCCCUGAGACAUUACAAUGAAUAAGAGUCAAUCUGAGACUUUUGUAAGCUUCAGUUUGAGUUGUAUUUUGAGUGUGUAUGUGUGUGAGUGUGUCAGAGUGGACUUCACCAGCUGAAUGGGCUAGUUACGAUUUUGACACAAACUUGUGGGCUUCUAUAUAUAGUUCAGGUCUUCCAGCACUAAACACUAAUACAUUAAUACGUUUAGAAUUGUCCUGUGAUGUUUUCUGUUUUUAUACGGUUAUUUUGGUCUUUCUUUUGUCAUGUUUAAGUUAGACCACAUUGAUGAAACACUCUGGUUUCAUACUGUAAUGGCCAACAUUGAGGACAACUGGGGCCUUAUAAUGUGUGUUAAAAUUAUGUAUGAAACUCCCUGACAUGUUUAGUAAAACUUGGCAAUAAUACAGCCCUGCGCACAUGCUCGGUAAAGCCUUAUAAGUGUGUGUGUGUACACACACAGACAAAUGUACCCUUCAGUAUUACUCUGUUUGUUUUGCCUUUCAUGAUGCACUCAGUAUUUUCUCUCUCCUUGAAGUUUCACUCGUCAAGAAAUGAACAGUACUUUUGGGAAAUCUUAAUUUCAUUGUCCGCUCAGCCUCCAGUCUUAUCAAUAGUGUAAUGAAAGCCAAUUUACUCUACAUGGAGACGGUCACCUCAUGCUGAGAUCACAAGACCAGCUGAACACCAAUCACUUUAUCUCAGUAACUUUGAAAAGGGAAAAUGCUGUCAGUAACUGGAAACGUUGGCUUUUGGCAUAUCAACAUAACCGGGAUCAGUGUCUAUGGAAGCUUGUUUGUGCCACAGAAUAAAAAUGGUAAUUGUGAGUUGUGACAAUCUCACAAUUGUGACUUUUUUCCCCCCUCAGAAUUGUUUUUUGUUUUGUGAGAUAAAUUAUUAUAUAAACUCGCAAUUCUGAAUUUUUUCCUGCAAUUGCGAGUUUGUCAGAAUUCUUAAUUUAGUUAAUUGAGUUAUAAAGUCAGAAUUGCGCCAUAAAUAGUCACAAUGAGAUAGUCGCAAUUCUGCAAUUUUUCUCGUAAUUGCAAGUUUAUAUCUCAGAGUUCUGAAUUUAUUUCAAUUGUGUGAGUAUAAAGUCCAAAAUCUGAGAAAGUCAUAUUUUUGAGAUGUAAAUUCACAAUUCAAACGUUUUCUCACUAUUGAGUUUAUAUCUUCUGACUUUAUUUCAAUCAUGAGUCGUAAAGUCCGAAUUGUGAGGUAAAUAGUUGCAAUUCUGAGAAAUAGUCAUAAAGUCGUAAUUCUGAUAUAAAUUGUGAUAUAAAUUUGCGAUGACAUUUUUUUCUUGCAAUUGUGAGUUUCUAUCUCAUGAUUCUGAAUUUAUUUAAAUUGUGAGUUAUAAAGUCAGAAUUGCGAGAUGGUCGUAAUUAUAAUACAAACUCUCAAUUGACUUUUUUCUCGUAAUUGCAAGUUUAUAUAUCAGAAUUCUGAAUUUAUUUCAGUCGUGAGUUAUAAAGUACAAAUUGCGAGAUUAAUAGUCGCAAUUCUGAGAAAGUUGUAAUUCUGAUAUAAACUCUCAAUUCUGAUAUAAAAUUGCAAUUGCAAGUUUAUCUCAGAAUUUUGACUUUAUUUCAGUCAUGAGUUAUAAAGUCUAAAUUGUGAGAGGGUCAUAAUUCUGAGAAAGUCACAAUUCUGAUAUAAACAAGCAAUUCUGACUUUUUUUCCUCACAAUUAUGGGUUUAUAUUUCAGAAUUGUGAGGGGGAAAAAAGGUCAGAAUUGUGAGAUUAAAAAUUUGCAAUUACUUUUUUUAUUUCGUGGUGGAAACAAGCUUCCGUAAGUAUCAGUCCGAGACCGUGUACAUAUCAGCCAACCAACAUCCAAAAUGAGUCUAUCUUUAACGUGGCCCAAUCUUGUUGUAAUAAUAAUGUGUUAUUGUUUUUGAGUGCUGCAUUAUUGAAAGACACAGAUGAACUGUAGAUGUAUUGAAUCUCAUACAGACUCAGGAAAGUGCUGUUAUCAUUCAGAUUCAAGUUCUAAAAGGAGUUCAUGGGAAACGUCUCUUCAGUGAGAGGAGUUUGUGUCAUUGCGUUUGUGGUACUUUGAUGAAUUAUGAUCAGAAGGGUUUUUUGAGGAGUAAUUGUGGUUUAGGGGUCAUAGACUGGGAUUUGGAAUGAGCCUCACCCUGGAGGUCAGAGGUCAGCGUUGGGGUCAGGACAGGUUGUACAUAAUUACUGUAGCACAUGAUGCUACAUGGAUGUCUGCCAUUAACACUAACUCAAUAUGAAGAGCUGAUUAAAUUAUUUUUCUUGUGUGUAAACUCUAUAUAUGUGUAGGAUUUUACAGCACAUUGCUGUGUAUCAUCAGUUUGCAUCCAUUUUGAACUCUAAUCUAGGGCAGAUUAAAUUCCAGGUAUUGGCAGUUUUCUCUCAUUGUCGUCGGUCUUUACAGAAAUUUCACUACAAAAUUAAGUGCAAUAUUUCCAUGCAGUGGAUCUGAAAACUAUAUCAACGCAAAUAUUGUUUCUAAUCAUGUUCCAGAGGUGAAAACAUUCAAGCCCCAUUAACAGACUCAAACAGACGAAUGGUGUUGAACUUGUGCACGUCUCUGCUGGUGAAGUCGGCUCUGUUGUUAGUGCAAUGCUGCGGCUCUGUGUUCAAAGUCUUACUGUUCAAGGUCAAAAUACAUUUUGUGUUUAUGUGGUCAGUGUUGCCCAAAACCUUUCCAUUUCUAUUCUUGAGUCAUAUUCUUUCAUUUUCUCUCUGUGUGUGUGUGUGUGUGUGUGUGUGUGUGUGCGCGCGUGUGCGUGCGCGUGUGCGUGUGUGCGUGCGUGCAUGUAUGUGAACAUUUUUAUUUUGUUGUCUCUGCUUGCUAUUUUAUGAUUGGUAUCUGACUGGUAUUACGAACCUUUCUGAUGUCAAUAUUUUUUUUUCCGAUACGUAUCUGAGUAUAUAUUUUCUCACCAGUAUGUACUUUACAGCAGUCGACUUUGUAAAGUAUGUUGUGCACUUGAUUAUGUUUGUUUCUGAUAGCUUUGAUGUGGCUGUUAGGUUUAGUUUGUUAAAGUCCAUAAUUUCUUAUUGUUUCAUUUGAUUUUUUUUUUUUUAAGAUGUCCUAAACAGCAGUUUUGUAAAUAUUGUGAACAUUACAGGUCAUGCUGUGAUGUGACAUUGAAAUAAUGUUGCACCAAUGUUUCAAUUAAAACCUGGUCACUAAA